AAAAUGAAUCAAGAAGACGAAUUUGUUAAAUAACAAAUGUAGAGUAUGAAAGUAGCUAUUAAAGUAAUAAGAAAUAUAUAUUAAUAGAAAAAAGAUAAAUAUUUAAUAGAAGAAAGUUUAAGAAAGGAAUAUUGCUAAUAAAAUAAUUAACAAUACAUUCCUAAAGAAUAACACAAAUAAGGAAAGGCAAACGAAAAAUACUCUUAUCUUAUAAAAGAUAAAUAAGAAACAGAUGAAUCUAAAUAAACAGAUAUUUAAUAAUAAUAGGAGGUUCAUUAAGAUAAAUAAUAAAAAUAUUAAAAUUAAAAAUAAGGUUAACCAGAUAAAAAAAAAUAGGAACAAAGAAUCCAAGGAGAUAGAAAUAAACAUGGAAGUAAAUUUUAAGAGAGAGAAAAUAAUAAAGAAUAAAAAUAAUAAGAGUAGAAAAAUAAAUAAAAUAACUCAAGAAAGAGGUAAAAUGAUAGUAAAGGAUUUAAUGAUUAUCAAAAAUGGCAUUCUCAUAAUAAUAAUAAACCAUUAAGUUAUCCAUAAGUUGAAGAAGAAGAAAAUAAUAAUAAUUUAAAUAUAGAUAAUAGUGACAAUAAGAAAUAGUAAGAAAAGAAUAAAAAAAAAAAUAAUAAUAAUAACCAAUAAAAUAAAAAUUCUAAAAAUAAUAAUUAAUAAAAUAAGAAUUAAAAUGAGAAUGAAAAUUAAUAUGAAAAUGUUCACUAUAAGCAAGUAAGAAGAGAUAGAAGAGCUGAAAAACAUAUAAGAAUAACUUAGUCAGAUUAAAAUAAAAGAUUCAAUAAAAAAAGGUUUAAUCAUUAUAAAUAUAAUGAUUUUGAUGAUGAUUAUGAUAGAUUAGAUGAUGAUGAUUAAUUUGAUGAUGACUAUUACUAUAAAAAAGAUUAGAAAAAUUAAAGAUAAAAAAAAUAGAGAAGAGACAGUUAUAAUGAUUUACUCAAAGAAUAUGAUCAUCAAUAAGAAGAUAAUAAAAGAAAUAGAAAGUAAUAUAAGAAUAAAAAAGGAAUGAAAAAAAAUAAAUGGUAAAAUAAAGAUUUUGAAUAAUAUUGGACAGAAGAACAAAUAGAGAAAGGAAAAUAGGAUGAUGAUAUUUUUGAAGGAAUUUACAUAGCAAAUGAAUUUACUAGAGAAAAGGGUACAAUAAAAUGUCCAAUAUUUAAGAAAAAAGUGCAUAUUAAUUGUAUGAUAAUGAUUAUAAAUAUUAGCCUUGGUUGAAACAAAUAGAGCAUUUCAUGGAGCACUUGUUGCAUUUAAAAUUACAAAAAUCUAAAAGACUGAAAAUGAAUCAGAAGAUGAAUUUGAAGAAGAAAUAAUAGAAAAAAUAGAAGUCAAAAAUAAUAAGAUUUAAAAAGAGAAAGUAAAAGUAGAAGAGAAGAUUGAAACUGAUGUGGAUAAAGUUGAAGAAAAUGAUGAUGAUUGGGAAGAUGUCAAUAGUGAAGAUGAUGAUAAUAUAUCAGAAGAAGAAGUAUCAGUUAUUGAUGUUGUAAAAAAGAAAGUGCCAUUAACGAAGAUUUAAAAAUUAUAAAAAGCUUAAUUAAUAGGUAAGAUAGUAGGAAUAAGAAAGAAUCCAUUAGAAAGUAGAUAAAUGAUUGGUAAAUUAUGUUUUAAUGAGAAGAAUGGAUUAUUAAAAAAAUAAAUAAAUACAAAGGAAGAUUUAAUAAAUUAUAUUGAAAAGAAUUAUUAUGUUUCAUUUAAAUGUGUAAACAAAAGAAUAUCAUUUUUUAAUGUAAAGAAACUAUUAAGUUUUAAUUUCGAAUUAGAUAAUGAAGAUCCUGUAUAAAAAUUUAUGGAUUAUGUAUCUUAAAGAUAUUUUUCAGCAAAAUAUGUUGAAUGGUUAAGGAACAGUAGAUAUCCAGUAGUUGAAUUGAUAAAAGAAGUAGGAGUGUAAGGAAAUAUUGAUGUAGAAUGUGAAGCAAUAUUAACAGAGAACUCAGUAUAUGAUAAUGAAUUUUCAGAUAUAUGUAAAGAAGAAAUGAAAGCUUAUACUCAUGAUUCUAUAGCAAAAGAAAGAGUUAAAAGAUUAGAUUUAACAAAAGAAUAUAUAUGUAGUAUUGACCCUGUAACUGCCAGAGACUUAGAUGAUGCAUUAAGUAUUACGGAUUUAGGAAAUGGAAUUUAUGAAAUAGGAGUACAUAUAGCUGAUGUUUCUCAUUUUGUUAUUCCUAAUAGUGAAGUAGAUAAAGAAGCAAUAUUAAGAACUACUUCUGUUUAUUUAGUUCAUAAAGUAAUUCCUAUGUUACCUAGAAUUCUUUGUGAAGAAUUGUGUUCAUUAAAUAGAGAUGUAGAAAGAUUAGCAUUUUCUGUAUUCUUUUAAAUGACAACUGAAGGAGAAGUAUUAUGGGAUACUUUUAGAGCUGCUAAAUCUGUUAUUAAAAGUUGUGCUUAAUUAAGUUAUGAUAUUGUUAAUUAAUUAAUUGAUGGUUAAAUUCAACAAUUUAGUUAAGGAGAACAAAGAUAUCAUAUAGCUAAUGGAUUUGAUGAAAAUAUAUUGAAAAAUAAUAUUUUAUUAUUGAAUACAAUUGCUCAAAAAAGAAGAGCAAAAAGAUUAGAAGGAUCAUUAACUUUCAAUAAAUCUAAAUUGAGAUUUAUCCUUAAUCCUGAUUUAUUCCCUAAUGAUUAUACUGAAGAAAAAAGAGGACUUGCAUAAUUUAUGGUUGAAGAAUGGAUGUUAUUGGCUAAUUAAUUUGUUGGAAAAAAAUUAGUUGACUAUGAUGUUAAAACAGCUAUUUUAAGAUAACAUAUGUCACCUAAAUCUGAAAAACUUUUAUAUUAUAAAAAAUUAUUAGAAGCUGCAGGAUUAGAAGAAAUGGCUUAAAAUUUAGAUGUUUCAACAUCUAGAAAUUUAAAAUUAACUAUGUCUAAAGUUGAUUAAAUUGAAUAAAAAGAAAUUUAAUUAAUAUUAGGAUUCCGCUUAUUAAAAUUAAUGGAAGCUGCUUAAUAUUUUGUUGUUGAUGAUACUCCACCAUAAGAAUGGAGACAUUAUGCAUUAGAUUUUGAUGUUUAUACACAUUUUACAUCUCCAAUUAGAAGAUAUCCUGAUAUUCUUGUACAUAGAAGAUUACAAUAUGCACUUGAAAAAUAAGAAAUUGAUUAAACUGGAGAAACUAGAGAUAAAUUAAAAGCUAUUAUGUAACAUUGUAAUGAUUGCAAAUUAAAUGCAAGAAGAGUGAGUGAUUAAUGCGAUUAAGUAUAUCUAUUCUCUAAUUUAUUAGUUAUUUUUAGCCUUACUUUUAAAAGCUAAUCCAAUUGAAGUAAAUGCAUACGUUCUAUCUAUUAAUAAUUAGAAUAUCGAAGUUAUAAUUCCAAAGUUCAAUUUAGAGAGGGUAUUUAAUUAUAUUAAUGAUUUUAAAGAAAGUUGAUUUAAAGAGUUUGAAAAAUACAUAUAAAUAUAAAGUGGAAUAAAUAGGAGAGAAUAGAAAUGAAUUAAUAGUAUUUUAUAAUGAUCCUGAGGAUGAGAAAGGAGUCAGAUUAUAUUUUGUGAGAGUAAUAAUUAUAAAUAUAGAAAUAGUAAUUUUAAGAGAUAAAAAUAAGUUUAUCAGGGACAGAUACAUUUCCGAUAGAAUAUAAAAUACAAUUAAUAAUUAAUAAUAAAGUUUAAAUUUGAUUUGUAUUUUAUAAGUCACACCAG